AUGGCAACCCCGCACCUCGACGCUCUUCAACGCGACGGCUUCGUCGUCGUCCGCAACCUCCUCUCCCCAACCGAGGUCGAGCACUACCGCGAAAUCGCAACCAAAGCAACAACCCUGACACGCACCGGGGGCUGGCCCCACUUUCGCACCGUGCCAAAGCAAUUCCCCCCAUGGCCGACCACCGUACCCCCCGCCUCGGAGGGCGGAAUCUGGGGCGUGCAGCACUUGAUGCACCCCGAAAUGCCCGGCCGAGAUAGCUUUGCGCGCGAGAGCAGCGACGCCGAGCCCCUCGUCAUGGAACUCUUCAACCUGCUUGUCGCACCGGAGACCAAGGACUUCGAGCUCCGCUGGCACCGUGACGAUAUCUCCGAGCACGCGACUGCCGAAGAAGAACUGACCCAGCUGGUGGCCAAGGCACCCGGCGGCCGCCAGUCGCACUGCCAGUACAACCUGUCCUUGUGCCCCGAUGCCUCGCUGAUUGUUGUGCCGGGCACACACAACCGUGCGCGCACCCAGGUUGAGCGUGAUGCGGACCCCUAUGCACCUUCGCUGCCGGGUCAGCUGGUUGUUGAGUUGCAGCCUGGUGAUGCGGUGUUCUAUAACAGCAACAUCCUGCACCGGGGAGUUUACCGGGGUAAGACCGAGGGUGGAGCUGAGACCAGACUCACCUUGCACGGCAGCAUUGGAUUGAAGGCAUCUGACGAUGCAACCGGUGAUGAUGUUGAGGAGAAGAAGAAGGUCCGCGCCACUGCUGUGCUUCAGCACGGUGUUGGAGCCUGGGUUCAUCGCGACGACGCUGCUUUCGGUCUUGGAGAGCGGCCCGAGAAGAUGAGGGCUAACCUUGUGGAGAUGGGCACUGGAGAAGGUGUUGGAUUCUCCUUGCAGGGAUAG